AUGAUCAAGUUCAAAGAAAUUGUUCAUGACUUUUCUAUCGCCAUGUCUUUUAAAGGUAGACACGAACGUAUUUCUUCGGAAGUGGAGAAUCAUCUCAGUAAAACAUGCAUCACUGCCUUCUGGUCGAUACCUGAUUACUCUUGGUCGGAUCAGGAAUUCAAUGAAAUCGAAUUACUAUUCGCUACAAAUGAAAGUCAACAAGUCGUAAUUGACUACAUAAGUUUCAACCGGCGCCAAGAGCGAGGCGAAACAGUGACGACUUUGUACGAAAACAUGGACACAGCCAUCGUCGGCGUUAACGUGGACUUUUGGUGGCGUCGUCCGCAUACGAUGAAUGUGACUAUGGAAGACGGAAUAGGCGAUCAGAAACUAUUUGAAAACAUCGACUACAUUCGAUUGCAAAAACGAAUACUUGGAUCUAGCAACACAUCACAGAUCUUUGUUUUGUAUCAGGAUGGCAACAUCCGCAGCUUGCCACCGCCUAUACACGGAUUGGAUUGUGUUCCUUUCGGCUCGUCUGUCAUCAUCGGCCCAAGCGAUCUCACUUGUUUAAAGCCUGCAGCGGAUAUUCAAGCUCUACACAUCUAUCAAGUCGUGCCUAUCUUACGAUUCCAGAUUACUUACCGUGAUAACUCAACUGCUUCGGUUGAAGUAGACACUUACGGAUUCCAGACAGAAGUGCUUGUUCAUGAUAUAGACAUGGCAGGGAAUAGAACUGACACCCCAUUUGCACGUUUUCGCUCCAUGUGGGUGACAAAUGGUAAUUGCAAUGUGGAUCAUUUCAAGAUAAAUGGGGCAGAUGGACAACCCAUAUUAACGGACUGGAAGAAGUUGGAAAGCACUUGGGCCAAAUUCUAUCGUUCCUGUGAGUCGAAACACUUAAACAAGUCACCAGAUAUGUGUAUUGAAUUACUGGAAUGA